UGUUACAGAAAAUCCACGAAGCACUAGGAUCCAGAAAAAUGGCAGGCGAAGUGGUUGUAGAUGCGUUACCUUAUUACGAUCAAGGUUAUGAUGAACCUGGUGUGCGCGAUGCAGCGGUCGCACUUGUGGAAGAAGAAACAAGAAGGUACAGGCCCACUAAAAAUUACUUAGACUACUUGCCAGCGCCAAACUACCAUGCAUUUGAGACAGAAAUUUUGAAGAAUGAAAUGGAACGCGUUCAGGCUCGUCUUCCAAUGGAGAUGCUGAGUAUGAAGCGGUAUGAGCUGCCUCAACCACCAGCUGGAAAAAUGACUGAUGUGGCUGCCUGGCAAGAAUGUGUAGAUAAUUCUCAGGCGCAGCUAGAACAUCAGGCACUUAGGAUUCUGAACUUGGAAUUGAUGGCUGAUUUUGGAGUUCCAGGAUGGAAGGCAUAUAAUGAAAUUCUGGUUUCCAUGAUUGAGAAGGCUCAAAAGCAACUACAGGAUUUGAGGAAGAAGAUCCAAGAAGUGAAUUGGCAACGGAAAAAUGAACAGACUCAGGCAGGCAGUAAAUUACGUGAGUUGGAGACCUCGUGGGUAGGACUGGUCAGUAAGAACUAUGAGAUAGAACGGGCUUGUGUUGAGCUAGAGAAGGAAAUUGCUGACAUGGAAGAACGUAAUGCCAAAAUGGACAAGCUGAACAGUGGACGCGUGGAUUGAAAUGAAGUGGAUUCUGGAGUUAAAUGUAUAUUGUCCAUGAACAGUUUUUUACACAUUUCAUUUAUAAUGAAUGAAGUAACAAAAUGCAUCACUUUUACAAAUGUGAUGGCUAGAUCUUCAGGUGCACCAAAUAUUAUGGAAAGCUGUCAAUUUGCAUGGUCUGGUACAGUAAUUUGUUUCCCAAGUUAGGGACUGAAGCUAGCAAUCAUAGCAAGUUUUGCUGCUGUUGCAGUUAAUGCUUGCAGUCAAUAGAUCCAGGAGGAAAAAGCAUUGCUUUAAAUUUUUUUGUUAUUUACUACACUUCAAAAUUAAUCCAAAUAAAUCUUGAAAUAAA